GCCGUAUCGGUUGAACGGCCCGGCCUGGCUGGUAUGAAUGCCCUUCAAGAAGGGCAGGCAUUUCUCGACGGUCUCACUCUGGAGCUCGGAGGUCUCCGUACACAGGGCAUCUAGGAGGCGCGGCAGCUCCUGAUACAAGGCAGGAACCCCAGGAUGGGCUUGAGGUUCAUACAUGCUGUCCUUUUUGGCAGUAGGCGCCGAUGGCUGGCGGCUACUUGUUGACACGCUAGACCUGGAGGUUUUGCUCUGGGCGAUUGCUUUUGGUGGUUGGUUGGAGGAGAAACGAACUUUGCGACGCGGCUUCCCUGCGGCGGCAAUAACGAUCGGCAUGGAAUGAAGUGGUCUACUCUUUAAUGGGCGAAGGUGAGGGAAGUGAUUGUUCUUGCUCAUGAAUGGAGAUGACAGCUGCCAUGGAUGCCGCAGAAUCCAUUGUUCUUCUCCCCGCCGCGGUCAGUUCAGACCCGGUCAGGUGGGCCCGUUUUCCCUCAAUUCAGGUUCGAGGCCACUCGAGUUGGGCGGACACGCCAACUGCGCAAAAGGAUGGUCUUAUGUCCUUUCUAGAUAUAACAUCGAGAUUACUGGAAUGUAGUGGCUGGUUCGAGGGAUGGAGGUUUCAACCCUUCAUUGCCAGGAUCUCCUGGCGUCACUGUCAGACCCCAGAACCAUGGGGGGGGGCAUCUACUGUCAGUGUCACGGUCUCGCCGACACGUUCAACUGCCGGUCCCGUGACCCUUUGUUCCUUUUUUUGCAGGCAUCUGCCAUUGCGGAAGCGGAAUAGAUCCUCGCCGUCUCUCCCACUCGGGUUAGCGGGCAUUCCGGUCGGGAGUCUUGAUCGGUCAUCCCAGUUCCUAGGCUAUCUACCGACUCCUAGUGAAGCCUCCAAGCCUCCCACUCUUUCACGCCAUGACUCGGCCAACUGCCAAGAGGGGUCGAGGGUUCCAGAACAGGUUCCCCUCCCUUCCAUUCCUGCUCUUUGUCUAAGCUUGUACUGUGGACACUGGACACUGGACGGACUCCCCAGUGAUCCGACCGAUAGCUCAGUGCCGACUCAAGCGACGGAAUCAUCCCCGAUCCAGGCAGGAUUUAAAGUUAUUGAUACUGUCCCUACACUGCCCUCGCUAAAGACUCGGGCACUGACCACCAACUGCUGCAGAUCCUCCUCCCGUAUUCAUUCACACUUCACACCCAGUCAUCCCCCGACAACAUUGCUAAUAAUAAGAUUUAUGGCUGCUGCGAUUUAAGCGCCAACGUCGUCAACCGGCGCAUCCGCUAAAUUGCUGGCUCUGAGCGAUGCGCUCAGUGCUAUGGCUUGCGGCCGCUGGCGUGGCUAGCUG